GAGGAAGCGACAGCCGGUAGUACUGGUUCCGGGUUUCUCCGAAGUGCCGAAGUCCGCAUGUGAGUUCGGUGCUAAGGUGGGCGGCGAUGGCUCUGUUAAUGGAGCAUCAGUUCAGAGAAGUCUUGGAGGAUCAGCAGGUGGACACCGAGUUGUUUCUGGAGGCGGUCUCUCACCUUCCGCCGUUCUUCGACUGCCUUGGCUCUAAAGUCUUCGCUCCGGUCAAAGCAGACAUUGCAGGAAAUGUCUCUAAAAUCAAGGCCGUGUACAGCAGCGACCCGGGCAGAUACACAACCCUGCAGCGGAUCCUGGAGGCAGAGAAGGAGGCUCACAGCUCUGAGUGGCCCAAGGUCGGCGCCACGCUGGCCUUGAUGUGGCUGAAAAGGGGCCUUCGCUUCAUCCAGAUCAUGCUGCAGAGCUUAGCGGACAGGGAGCGCGAUGAGAAGAACCCCGACCUGAUCCGGGUCAAUGCCACCAAGGCCUAUGAGGCUGCGCUGAAGAAGUACCACGGCUGGCUGGUCCAGAAGCUCUUCACGGCGGCGCUGUACGCUGCUCCUUAUAGGUCCGAUUUCCUGAAGGCCCUGUCUAAAGGUCAGGAAGUGGAGGAGGAGGACUGCCUGCAGCAGAUCCGCCAGUUCCUGGUCAACUUCACAGCUACAGUUGACGCCAUCUAUGUCAUGUUCACUGCUAUGAACGCAGAACUGGACUACAAGGCUUGAGUCUUCUUCCUUGCCGCUUUCUGUCUUCUCGAGACUCCACUUUGCUGCUCUAUUCUUCCAAUCGGUGUCACUUCGCUUUCUGGUUGAGUUUCUAGCUGCAUCCUCGGUUCCAUUUAAAGACCCGUAACCUUGUCCCUGUCAUGAUCUAAGGCCUUGAAGCAUAUCAGAUUUUUUAUCAUAAUUCUUUUUGACUGACACUGUUGAUGCCCGCCUGCUGGCAUUGGUCCUCCUCCUGUGUAAUUUCAACAUAUAAACGGUGUCUUUCCACCAGAACAUUUCAGGACAUCGAGGAGGGUCCGGUGACCAUGGUCCAGUAAAUCUCUGUGUAGGGCCGAGCUGGGGGCGCGACAAACGUAAUUUUUAUUGCUUGUUGUAUUUUAAUUCCAGUGAUCGUUUUAUCAGAUUGUAUUUUCCAGUCCGCUGGAGUGACUCAGGUUAGUUCCUGGUUGGUUGAGAAAUUGCAAGAUGCUGCUAAGCAGCUUCUGUCUGCAUCCAUGGGGGCAGGAACAUGUUCCAUUUUUCUCAUUGGACAGCCUGAAAAUUACGGGUAGCACCGAUUUUUGUCCCCUUUUAAACUACUUGAAUGCUUAAUCUGCUUUGUGCCCUGAUUGCCGUCCUGCCUUCGUUGGUUCAGACGAGCCAGCAGAGGUUGGUUCCGUCACCGGCUGUCUGCUCUGAGGAUCCUCCGUACUUCUAGAAGAACACCAGCGUGCCCGAAAUUGCCCCUGAUGUUGUAGAAGCUUCUGCGUAUGUUUGGAAUCCGAUGGACCCCGAUUCCUUGGUUUGGCUGCGGUAGAGUAACCCCCUUCAUCUACUGAUGUUUUAGGAGGUGCGACUUUGUGAAAUUCUUCCCAUAGCCACCAAGCGUCAAACUGAAAGCGAAUUUGGUUAAAGUCAGUGUGUGUUUAGCGUGAGUGGUAAUAGUGAGUUGAUUUCUAUUCUGGAUUUUGGGUUACAUUUCACAAAAAUACUGCUGUUGCAUGAUGUAUUUGCACGUCACUGUCCUGUAGGUGGGAAACGGGUAAUAGUGUGGGAGUUGUGCAAACCCUAAAAUUACAGCUACAGGGCCCAAGGAGGCCGUGACAGACAGAAGGUUUGUCAGCCUGAUGUAACUUGUCAGCUUUGCCCGUGGCAGAUUUGGUGACCUGAAGUCUGGACACGAUAGUUUUAAUUUUGCCAUGUUACAGCUUCAGACAGGAGCGUAGGACAGGAAUCGGCAGAGCGAAUAUCCGACCAGCUUGAAAUGCUUUAAUCAGGCGGCUCUUCUUACACUGACAUCUGACUGGUGGUUUCCUUCAAAUGAGAGGUUGUGUGUGUGUGUGGGAACUCUCAACUGUAUGUUCUUAAACUAAUUAGAUUUUUGUCUGUGCAUAAAGACUGUAAAAAAAAAAAAAGAAGUAAUUUUUAUAUUUAUCCUGCUGGGGGCGUUCAGUGGUUGUACCAGCAGAUUUGCAAUGAUAAACUGACAAAUUUUAAAAAUGAA